AUGACAGAGACAAUGAACGCAACUGGAACGUCAAAUGAAGAACCAUUAAUCAUGACGACAGAAACUCACAAAAGAAUCAACGAGGAGGCUAUCAAUGCCUACAGAAUCUUCAGUAUUCUCUAUGGUUUGGUUGUCUUCUUCGGUGGUGUGGCUUUUUCAGUUUCCUAUGCUAUCGUACAAGGAGAAAGAGCCGAAAUGAUCAAAAUUUUGGCUAGGAGCUACUUUAUCUAUCUAUAUUGGGUAUCCAUCAUUUGGAUUACAUUUUGUAUGAUUGAUAUUCAUCGAUAUCAACGCAUUUCAAACAAAUGUAAAUCAGCAUCGUCAGAAGCAAAUAGAAAAUCAUCAAUGGCAACUUAUGCUGAUUUGCAAGUACAUCAUGUGUCUGAAGAUAUAACUACUUCGAAUGACCGUGACAAUAAAUUAAACUCUUUGAAAGAUCUAUCACAUUUAUCGUUGACAAAGAAAUCAUCAACUGAUAUAAGAAAAAGUGUUCAGAUUCAUGAAAAUACUCACAAUACAAUCGAACAACAUGAUCGAAAGGACCAUGUUGUUAAACACACUAUCGGAUACAAUUAUGAUAAAAAUUCUACCGUUGAUGGUCUCUAUACUCGCAUAGGCAUCGGAAUUUUUUGUCUUGGUACAGUGAUUCAUUCAGCUUUAUCGAUUCUAAGUAAUCUGGAGAAUCAUUUAUGUAUACGAUGGAUAUCUGUCGUUGAUAAUUCUUCGCGAUUACUCUUCAGCUUCACUCAAUUCUUCUUUAUUUUCAAACAUUCGGACCUCAUCAUUCGAUCUCAUCAAAAAUUAGCUCGAUUGGCAAUCAUGCAUAUAGUGGUUACUAAUUUGUGUGUAUGGUUUCGCAUGGUGGUCGUUGAAACUAAGUCCCAGAUUUUGGAAAUGAGAGAACACGGAGUGGGUUUAUCACAACACAGUAUUACUGUUAACCAUUUGAUUACUGCAGUCAAUCAAAGUACAAUUUAUCCUUCUCGUCAUUUACUGAACUUCAAUCGGGAAUGUUUCAAGUUACGUGCCACCGGCUUACCAAUUAGUACAUUUAUCUACGAAGGAUACAUGAGAUUGACACCAAUUCUAUAUCCAUGUACAAUCGAAUUUAGUCUGAUGUGUCUGACAUUGUUCUGUCUGAUUUGGAAAAAUAUCGAUAAAACUUUUCUUCAUAAAAUAUCAGAUAAUGCAUCGACAAAAAAUGUUUUUUUGGUUAAUUGUCAUGCAUCGACAAAAGGUCUCUUUGCUGGAUUGAUUGUUUUCUCCUGUACAAUGAUUUCGAUCAUUCUUUAUGGUGUUUUACGACACAAAUCGGAUGAUUCUUUCCAUAUGACACAAUCUUCAUUGGCUCAUACGCCUUCCAAUACAAAUACAGCAACAAUAUCGGAUCCCACAUUCUACGCUAAUGCCAUUCUUGAAACUGGUAAUCUGUGUCUGUUGACGCUUUCGUUAUGUGCCACUGUGUGGUCGUUAAUCCGAGUUCGUAAGUUGAACUAUCAUCGCACAACAUCACGUUUCGACGAUGUUCUUAUGAUUGUAUCAUUGACAGGCAUCUAUUUGUAUUCGGUCUUCAGUGCUUUCGCUAUCAUAAGCAACUUAUCUUCAUCAACAUGGAUUGCUCAUGUCAAAUUAGCAGUGAUUAUUUUAGAAUUUGUCGAAGGGACCGUUCACACAUUGUUCAUUCUUGUUGUGUUGCGCAAACGUCUGAGACCAACAAGUAAACAUGAAUAUCCAGCGCGUGAAAUGAUCGCUCUCUUAAUUAUACUUGAUUUGAGUCUCUGGGUUCAAAAAACGACAACUACGACCAAAUUCGAAGCUAAUACAACUCAGCUGAAAUUCUACAAUGUUAUUCCAUGGUCGAUCAUUGCUGCAACCGCUACACCCCUUCAAAUAUUUUUUCGUUUUCAUGCAUCUGUCUGUCUUUCAAGCGUUUGGGGAGAUAUGUACAAAUUACCGGUGUACGACCCAAUGUCUUCUAGUGAAUUGUGA